GUCAAAUAUGAACUUAAAUUGGUUAUCAGUAGUAGCAAAUAGAUAUUCUAUAUUUUACUGUGUACCAUAUUUACUAAAGUAUAUGUAUGUACUACUAGUAGUUUUAUAUAUCUUAAGAAAAAUAAAUGUGUUUGCCUUUUGUGAAUGGUGGUUUUGAUCUAGUCUAAAUUAAAUUAAGGUUUGAGAGCCAGUAGAGGCUGUAAAGUUACUUUAUGUAGCUCUGGUUAAGAGAAAAAAGAACUACACACUUUCAUUUUCCUUUAGCUGUUUGUAAGAAGAUGCUGUGUGUGCUGCGCGUUGUGUUUUAUUUUAAUGUGCUGUUUUGUUAUUGUUGUCAUGGAUAUUUUAACGAAAACUACGGAUUCGGGAUAGAAUACCAAUGGGUCUAUUUAAACUACACCUGGCCUUCACCAGCACACUACCAAUGGGCAAUCUCCACAAAAACCUACAUACCGCAAAACAACGCUCCAGUGGGAAUCAAAAUUUACAGAAACCUUCUUUUUGUUUCAAUCCCAAGAUUCAGAGAGGGCAUACCAGCAACACUCACAGUCCUGGACAGACUUACUGCAUCCAGAACCAAUCCUUUACUAACACCAUACCCCAGCUGGUCAGCAAACGGCAUUUCUAACUGUCACGGUCUUCAAAGUAUCCAAAGCAUGGAGGUGGAUACCCGUGGUAUCAUGUGGAUUAUCGAUGGUGUCCGUAUCAACAAUUUAACCACUUGUCCUCCAAAAUUAGUGCUUUUGGACCUGAAUAAUGAUGGUAGAUUGGUUCAUAGUUAUGUUUUUAAACCGGAAAUUAGUUUAGGUCAAGGAGGAUUUCUAAAUGAUUUGGUUGUGGAAGAUGUGGAUGGGGGUUAUGCUUAUAUCACGGAUAAUUCUGGCAUAGAUCCAGGAAUAAUUGUGUAUAGUAGAAGAAAGAAUAGGGCUUGGAAAUUAAGGGAUGGUUCUAUGUUUGCUGAAAGAAGGGCAAGUAACUUUGCUGUAGCUGAUGUAGCUUUUAAUAAUUCAGUUCCUGUUGAUGGAAUUGCAUUAUCACCGAAAACCAUAAACGGAGAAAGAAUAUUAUAUUACUGUGCUUUGACUUCCUUUACUCUAUACUCUAUUCUGACAAAUGUAAUUCGAGAUGAAGAUAACUUGAAUAGUGGAAGCUGGAGAAACUUUGUAACGCCAGUUGGAACACUUACAUCUCAAGUGGACGGUAUCGCCAUCGAUAGCCAAGCAAACAUGUACUUUACCUUAUUGCCUCUGUAUGGAGUAGGUCGAUGGAACCUUAACGAUCCGUUAGAAUCGACCCAGAUGAUCCACCAAGAUCCAAGAACCACCAUUUGGCCUGAUGGAUUUGCUUUCGACCAGGAGGGAGUUCUGUACGUGAUCAGCAAUCAAGUAUUUCGAUACAUUGAUCCUAGAAGCACACCACCAAUCAACUCCAAUGUCAAAUUUCGUAUUUUGGGAACAUUUAUUGGCACCAGAAGUUAUUUGUAUGGAUGAAAUAGAAUAAGUUGAA